GGAAGACCUCCUUGAUCACCAGGUUCAUGUAUGACAGCUUUGACAACACCUAUCAGGCAACAAUUGGCAUUGACUUUUUAUCAAAAACCAUGUACCUGGAGGAUCGAACAAUCAGGUUGCAGCUGUGGGAUACUGCGGGUCAGGAACGUUUCCGUAGCCUCAUUCCCAGUUACAUCCGUGACUCUGCUGCUGCUGUAGUAGUUUACGAUAUCACAAAUGUAAACUCAUUCCAGCAAACCACAAAAUGGAUUGAUGAUGUCAGAACGGAAAGGGGCAGCGAUGUCAUUAUUAUGCUAGUGGGAAAUAAAACAGAUCUAGCAGAUAAGAGGCAAGUGUCUAUUGAGGAGGGAGAAAGGAAAGCCAAAGAGCUGAAUGUAAUGUUCAUCGAAACUAGUGCAAAAGCAGGAUACAAUGUAAAACAGCUUUUCCGACGUGUGGCAGCUGCCUUGCCUGGAAUGGAGAGCACACAGGACAAAAGCAGAGAAGAUAUGAUUGACAUAAAACUGGAAAAGCCUCAAGAGCAGCCCGUCAGUGAAGGAGGUUGUUCCUGCUAAUACCAUGUUGCUUCUCUCACCUUUCUCCAGAACAUCACUGCUUCCCCUCCCUUUACUCUUCAUUGACUGCGGUGUGAAUAUUGGCUUGAACCGUCCCCUCAGUAAUAACGUAUUGCAAUUCAUCGUUGCUGGCUGUCUCGUGGAGAUGAUCUAUUAGCUUCACAAGCGCGCACACACACACACACACACGCACACACACAAAAGAAAAUGUCAGUGUCUUCACUAUUUAUAAGGAAAAAAAAUAAAGCCAAAAUAUUCCAGUAUAUUCCAGUUAUAACUUUAACAAGAUAGGUACCGUUUCUAAAUAUUUGUUCCUUUUUUAAUAUGUUAUGAUAUUGCACUUUGAAAUGAUGGAAAUCAAGUAAGUUUUGAAUGGAGUUAGUCAAGAAGUAUAUGCAGAAUAACACAUACACUGUACACACUUGAUUUCUCUAUCAAACUGGAAAUGGUGAGACCACAAAAGAGAGGCAGAGUUGGCAUAUCCUUAAGAGUUAGAUGCUACCUUUUCCAUAUAAAACAAAUGAACAAAAGCUAUAAUAAUCUACGCUGAAAUGCUUAAACAUUUUGGAAACCUGACAUUUUAGCAGGGUUGGGAUGCUGAAAAAGGCUACUGAGACUUUUAGUCUUUGCAGAGUCAAAUUUCCAAGAAAGCAUUCCCAGCAAUACUAAAGUGUCUUUCUGAUAUUGAUAAAUGGCGCUUUGGGGGAGGACCCCAUGUACUAAAGAAACACUUUUGCAGGAGAAAAGUAAACAGAUGUCUUGGAUUUGCAGUUUUAAAAGCAUUUUUUAUGAAGAACUCCAGUCAAGGAAAUUACUACUUGAGAGAUUGGAAUGUGAUGUUUUGGCUAUUGUGUCAGAGAGAAAAGCAAUUUUAAAAAAGGAAUUUUGAAACACAGUGUAGCAUUAGCCCUAAAACCAAAUUUGUAUCUGUUAAUUGACAUGUCCAGUUUUGGCAGAAAGACAAAACAGCAUUUGAUGGAACAAGUAGCAACAUUACAAUAAUUUAUAGUUAAUAUGGGGUGUAUUGAUUCAAGAACAGCACACGGUUUUCCUUAUCAUGGUCCUAACUAAACUGAGGAAGGGGGCGGGAGGUGUUUACUUUUGAGCCUACAUAAUUAGAAUUGAAAGAUCCUACGCAACAAAGAAGGGAAUUCUAAUAAGUUGGAAGAAACUUAUGAUUAUGCAGACACAUGCCUUUAAUUUUUAGCAUUUUUUUAUGUUGGGUCUUCCAAGUUGUGUUAGUUUUUUCAUUAGAUCUGUAUAGUUUGGUUAAAUAGCUAAUAAUUUAGUUUUAUAUUUAACUAAGCUACAAUUAACCAUUUUUCUUUUAUAUUUAUUUCUUGGCUUAAUUUUUUUUACUAUUUUCAGUAUUUUUUGUUUUGCUGAGGAAUAGCUGUAGAGCUUUGCCAGUGUUGCAAGAUGUAGCCACCCAAGAAACACAGAGAAACCAAUACACUAGAAGCGUACCCUCGUAAUCUUUACUAGUCCUUGUGUGAAAUUUGCUGUCAGUUAAUAAACACAAUUGUAAAUACAUUGUUUGCAGGAAGUGUUGGUGAGUUACAGUGCAGGAAAAAAUUCCUGAGUCUACUUAUGAGUGUCACUUAAUCAACAAAGUCCUUCCUUUCUCCCACUGAAAAUAACCAAAUGGGGGGAGGAAAGGGGAUAAUGCCCCCUUCCCCACUGCUGUUAUCUGGCAAUAUUCAGAGAAGGUGUGAAAUUCUGCAUUCUGGAGUAAAAUGUCAAAUCGUGACCUGCCCUGGAUUUAUAACAACUCUGCAUACCAAUAACUUAACAUUAAAGGCAGAAAUGAGAUGUAAAGUGCUUUUAUAAUGCAAUAUUAAAGGCGAUUUUUUUGACGUGGCAUGUGUUGAAAUAAACAUCAGUGAAAUAUGAUGAAGGAUCAUAUUCUUUAUUUCAAAGAAGCUGAUGCGGAGAGGAAAACCUGGCUACUUUUCCUGUAUUUAGUCGCCUUUAUUGUGCAAAAAACAAAAACCCCGUCUAGCUGCUUUUAAUAUUCAUUUUUCUUUGGCUUGGGUUCUUAUAGCAAUUCUGUUCAAUAGUUUGGAUUCCUGUAAACCAGCGCAGCAUUUUUGCCUCCAUAAAAUACUGUACAAGGAAAACACCAGAACAGGAGGUUUUAAAGCAGCUUGUUGCUCUGCACUUUUAACCUUGAAGCGUUUGACAAGCUAGUCUUAGGCAGGCAAGUCAGAUGACGACUCAAGCAAGUAGUCCUUUCUCAGCUGAGUUGCUGUGCUUAUUUUAAUGGGGCUACUUGUGCACACUAUAGACUGCUCAUCUGAAUAAGGGCUUGCAAGAUCAGCCCGUUAGAACUUGUCUUUGCCUGAACAUGAGUAGUAGAACCUGACCUCAAGGAGUCUUGAACAUUGUAAAUACUUUGUGGUGGUAUAAACCAGGACAACUCAUGUUUUUAACAUUUUCAGCUGCUGUUGGUGUAUUCCUACUGAGCCCAGGACAUACCCCUGACUAGCCAAUGUGUGUAAUGCAAUUUGUCCCUGCAUCCACUGACUGCAGUCAUUGUUUCCAUAAUUCCCAAUGCAUGUUCCAAUACUACCCCCUUUUUUUAGUGAAAGGAAGUCUCUGAUAAUGUACAUGGAAGCAGAAUGUUUAGGGAAUGUACAAUGCUUCCUCAUUCCAACCUGCUUAGAUUUUCUUUGCUCCAUCCACGCUUCCAGUUGACCUAUGAUAACAGGCUCGUUUGUAAAUAGGGUUUUAAAAUGGUAAAAAUUUCCACUUUGUUUCUUGUCCCCUUUCCACUCUGGCUUGAUGUACAGUACUUUCUGCAACUAUCCAUUAUUCACUAUUUUUGUCUUGAUGGAAAGUAGCUAAAGAAAUUGUAAAAGGGCGGGGGAAAGGUUCUUUCUCGUCAUGUUGGAAUGUCACUGGUACCUCAACUCUGUUUGAUAAUAUAAACCAAACUCCUUAGCGCUUGAACUAAAUAAAUACCUGUCUCAUUGGAA